AUGGGAUGGGGUAUUCUAGAGAGCCGCCGUGCGGCAAUGCCCCGCGGCACAUCAAUCGUAGAAGUACGGGGCAAGGAUGCGUCCAAUGCGUCUGAAGAAGGCAACACCAACCAGAGUGGAGGUCCAGUGCGCUCUCCACAGCCAAGCAACGAUCCAAAUGACCCUCUUAAUUGGUCCUUGACAUGGAAGUGCAUUCAUCUGUUUGUCCUAGCCUUUGGGUCUGCAAUUACCAAUGCAACAACCGCCAUGCUUACACCUGGCCUGGAGCCCCUGACCGAGUCACUCAAGAGCACCGAGGGUGAAGUUUCGACAUGGCUUAUCACUGCGCCUACCUUUUGGACAUCAGCUGCGGCUUUUGUUGCCGUCGCAGGAACAGACAUCUGGGGAAGAAGGCCUUUUUACGUUUACAGUGUUGUAUUACUAGCCUUGGCCAGCUUUGCUGCCUACUUCUCACAGACGUUCACCAUGCUGGCCAUUGCGCGAACGGCUGGAGGUCUUUUCUCUGCUCCUUUGUUUACCCUGCUCACCGCUACCAUCAGUGACAUCUUCUUCAUCAACCAGCGAGGCCGAUCCAUCGCCGUGUGGAAUCUCCUGCUCAACUCUGGAGCCCAAGUCGGUCAAAUCAUCGCCGGUAUCGUCACAGAUGCCUUUGGAGUAGACGCAAACUUCCUCAUCACGGCCCUCAUCUACACGGCCCUGAUCCCUGUGCUGUACUUUACCAUUUUCGAAUCGGCAUACUUUAAUCGAAAGACCGAGUCUGCUGAGCAGACCGAGUAUCCACCUGAGAAGUCAGAGGUCUGGAGCUUGGAAGAUGACCUGAAGAAGAACGAGGUGCCGCGACUACAAACGUACGGAGAAAAGCUCGCGCUUCACCGCGGUCGCCUCUCAGACAAGUCAUUCUUCAAGGGAAUGAUCAAGCCGCUAGGUCUCAUCUCCUCCCCAAUCGUAAUUUACAGCUGCUUCCUCAACGCCACCGUCUUUUUGCUGCUCGUCGGCAUGUCGACCUUCAUGUCGAUCCUUUUGGCAGCCCCUCCGUACGACCUGAAGCCCAGCCAAAUUGGCAUGACCAACCUGCCUCUCUUCCUCGUCGGUCUCUUCUCCGGUCCUCUCUUCGGAUGGAUGUCCGACGCCUCUGUCGAGCUGCUGGCGCGCCACAACGGCACGCGCAAGGGCAUGGUCGAGCCGGAGUUCCGCCUUGUACUUCUUCUCCUCGCAACACCAGUCACCAUGGUGGGCCUCCUCAGCCUCGGCAGCGCUUUCAAAAACAGCUUGCCUCUGCCGUGGAUCCUGGUCUGGUCGACCGUCACAAACGUCGGCAGCAUCGGCGUCAUUCAAAUCGCCAUUUCCUACGUCAUCGACUGCCACCCCGCCCACUCGGCCCAGGCCUUUGCCUCGAUCAACUUGAUCUCAGCUGGUGCCGUGACGGUCGGGCUCAACCCCAUCAUCGAUUGGCUCAUGGUUGUUGGACCGUUGCCCGUUUUCACCGCCAUGGCUGCUGCUGCCGCCAUUGUCACCGUCUGUGUUCUUCCGCUGUACAUCUGGGGCAAGAAGAUCCGAGCGUGGUACGAGAGUGCGCCAUGGGCGCAACGCCUGUUGGACUAG